ACCGAGCCGGACCGGACCGGACCGGACCGGACCGAACCGCUCGGUCCCUGCGGGCCCCGGGCGGCCAGGUGUCGGAUACGACCCGCCCUAGCAAAGGGUGGUAGAGGCCUGUGCCCCGAUCUCUGCCUCGAACCCCUCCCCGCAUCCCACCAUGGUUCCCUCACUCGUUGGUACGUGGCUCAGGCUGCUCGGCCCCCUCCUGCUGUUUGGAGCCCAGCUUGCCUCGCCCCAGGCCCCUGCCGGGCACACAAAGGUCCCCUGGGCGAUGGAGGAGACAGCGAGGGGACCGGAGGAAGGGGCCAGCCUGCUGGGGGUCUGGGGCACCUGGGGCCCAUGGUCGGCCUGCUCACGCAGCUGCAGCGGGGGGGUGAUGCAGCAGACCCGGCCCUGCCUGCCCGGACUCUCCCGGGACCCUGGCCCCGACGGGCCCCCCUACCCCCACCACAGUGUGGUGUCCGCCAUCCGCCCCUCCCUGCCGCUGCACCGGGGCCGGGAGCCCGGCCAAGCAGGGCUGGAGGCCCCCUCGGGAGUUCGCGACCACAGUCGGGGGACUCCGAGGGGAAGCCGACACUCCCACAGGCUCCGGUCGAAGUCAGAAAGAAGGAGCCGAAACAAGGGUCCCAUCACUCCGGGAGAGUUCGGCUACGGCAAGGCGCCGUACAUCGUCCCGUUACGGACGGACCCCGGGCAGCCCCCGCUGUGGCUGAAGAGGCGCAGACGUCGGGCAGAGGUGGGGCCCGGGCAGCACGGGGGCCUGGAUCGGGGAGACCCCAGCCCCCGGACCCCGGCGGCCUCUGUCUUCCAGCCGGCCCCGGCCCCGGCCCGGGACCAUCGUGCGGCCUCUCCAGGCCUGUACUACACUCAGGUGGGCCGAGGCCUCUCCCUGCGCCCAGGGGCCACGGACAUCGAGUGCGUCGGUAGCUACCGCCAGUACAAGCUCUGCAACAUCAGCCCCUGCCCUGAGAGCAGCCGGGCCAUCCGGGAGGUGCAGUGUGCAUCCUACAACAACCAAGUCUUUAUGGGCCGAUUCUACGAGUGGGAGCCAUUUGCCGAAGUAAAGGGUGACCAAAAGUGUGAGCUGAACUGCCGGGCCACUGGGUACCGCUUCUACGUGCGGCAGGCGGCCACGGUGAUCGACGGGACGCCCUGCGACCAGAACGGCACAGCCAUCUGCGUGGCGGGGCAGUGUAAGAGCGUCGGCUGCGAUGACUUCCUGGGCUCGGACAAGGUGAUGGACAAGUGCGGCGUCUGCGGGGGCGACAACACAGGCUGCCAGGUGGUGUCCGGCGUGUUCAAACACACCCUGGCCAGCCUGGGCUACCACCGCAUCGUGGAGAUCCCCCAAGGGGCCACAAAGAUCAACGUCACCGAGAUGCACAAGAGCAACAAUUACCUGGCCCUGCGCAGCCGCUCCGGACGCUCCAUCAUCAACGGGAACUGGGCCAUCGACCGGCCGGGCAGAUACGAGGGAGGCGGUACCACCUUCACCUACAAACGGCCCAACGAGAUCUCCAGCACCGCUGGCGAGUCCUUCCUAGCCGACGGGCCCACCGACGAGAUCCUGGACGUCUACAUGAUCCACCAGCAGCCUAAUCCCGGCGUCCACUACGAGUACAUCAUGCCCGGUGCCAAUACCAUCAGUUCCCAGCUGCCACCCCUCCGGAGACCAGGAGAACCGUUCAAUGGGCAGUUGGUGCCCAGUGGUGCCGCGGUGGAGGAGGCGGCAGGGGCAGGAGCCCCACAGGGCGAGGAGCCAGAUGAGUCGCGCCAGACCUUUGUUGUCCAGCAGCCGGGGAGAUUCCCCUCCCUCCGGCCGGACAACCAGGUGCCCGCGGGACAGUCCCCGCGGCGGAGCAGGGACCACAACUGGAAGCAAGUCGGAAUGACCGAGUGCUCCGCCUCCUGCGGGAAAGGGUCACAGUUCCCCAUCUUCCGCUGCGUCAGCCGGAACCAACACCAGGAGGUACCCGACAGCUACUGUGACCCCAGCACCAGGCCGGGGGCCGACGAGGAGUCCUGCAACAUCUUCCCGUGCCCUGCCUUCUGGGACAUCGGGGAGUGGUCUGAAUGCAGCAAGACCUGCGGGCUGGGCAUGCAGCACCGCCAGGUCCUGUGCCGCCAGGUGUUCGCCAACCGGACCCUGACGGUCCAGCCCCACCGCUGCCAGCACCUGGAGAAGCCCGAGACCGCCAGCACGUGCCAGCUGAAGAUCUGCAGUGAGUGGCAGAUCCGCACCUCGUGGACAUCGUGCUCGGUGCCCUGCGGCGUGGGACAGAGGAGCCGGGACGUAAAGUGCGUCAGCAACCUGGGAGACGUGGUGGACGACACCGAGUGCAACCUGGAGCUGCGACCCAGCGAUCUGGAAAACUGCGACAUGGGGGCCUGUGCCAGGAGCUGGUUCCUGACCGCCUGGAGCGAGCGGUGCUCAGCCGAGUGUGGCACCGGUGUGCGGACACGCUCGGUGGUGUGCCUGACCAAUCACGUGAGCAGCUUGCCCCUGGAGGGCUGUGGGAACGACAGGCCCCCGGAGACGGCCCCCUGUGACCAGGGGCCCUGCGUGGGGAAGGUGGAGUGGUUUACUGGCAGCUGGAGCCAGUGUUCGGCCGAGUGCGGGCACGGGUCGCAGCAGCGGGAGGUGGUCUGCCUGCGGAAGAGCCCGGAGGGCUUCGCGGUGUUGGACCCCCAUGAGUGCGCCUCACUGGAUGCACCCCCAAACCAGCAGCCCUGCCAUCCGCAGCCCUGCGGGGCCAAGUGGUUCACAACUGAGUGGAGUGCGUGUUCCAAGACCUGUGAAGGGGGUUUCCGUGUGCGGGAGGUCCGCUGCCUCUCCGACCAGCUGGCCCCGAGCAGCCGCUGCGACCCCCAGCUGAAGCCCCAGGAGAAGGAAUCAUGCAACCCGCAGGACUGCAUGCCGGAGAUCGAUGAGCACUGCCAGGACCAGUACUACAACUGCAACGUGGUGGUGCAGGCGCGGCUGUGCGUCUACAGCUACUACCAGACCGCCUGCUGUGCCUCCUGCGCCCGCGUGGCCAGCCGGCCCGUAGGGCUCCUGGGCCGCAGAUAGCCCCACCGCUCCCCGGCCCCUCCCCCGUCUGCAGUCGUCCCGGCCUCUCCGGCCUCCACAUGGGGCCAGGAAGGCCUCACCUCCCCAACGUGGGAAGAGGCACUCGAGCCGCCCGUCCUGGGCCGGGGCGACCUUGCCGUGGCUGGACAGUGCCAUGCUGGCGGGGCUCUGGGCCCUCAGGUAGAGUCCGGGCCAGUUGCCCCCUGGACAAGGCCGCCGCCCCCACCACCCCAGACGCUGUGCUCCGGGUUCGCACAUGGGGCCGUUUCCUGCUGACAACUGGGAAUGACCUUUAACCCCAGGGGACCCUGGGCCCCGGGGCCGCCUCUCUUGCCGGCUCCCCGGGCCUACUCAAAGCUUCCCCGGGCUUUUUCCCGGUUCCAACCAGUUGUCUUUCUUCCCGCUUUGCCAAGCGACACCGUCCCAGGGGAGGGACAAACCUGAAACCUCGAUUCCCAGCAAAGCCCCGGAGAACCCUCCCCUAAGUGACCCACUUCGGUAAGCCAGGGGGUCCGCCCUCUACGACCCCCUCUCAGAGUCGAAGGACCCUAACCUUCCUGGGGAACGUGGGGGGUUCUUUGGCCUUCCGGGAGGGACCACCCACCACUCUGCGCCCACGGCCUCCGGAGUGGCACGUGGGCCGACUUGGUUGUAACUUAUUUUGAGGUUGAUUGUAAGUACGAGACUCUAUAGGAAAGGCGUAUGGGGGGUUGCAGACAGAGCCCUCGCCCCCAGAGGCAACUUAUUUAGAAGGAGCUGCGGCAUUUUGGAGUGUUUCUGCAGGGCUUUACGCUGUCUCUGUGUUCACGGGCGCUCCACCAAACCCACACUCUGCUAAGGGCCCCGGGACGUCGGUGCCGCGGACGGGCAGGAGGGGGCGCCAGUGCGCGCCGAUCCCGCGGACGGACGGGAGGGGGCGCCGGGGCGCGUCGAUCCCGCGGACGGACGGGAGGGGGCGCCGGGGCGCGCCGAUCCCGCGGACGGGCGGGAGGGGGCGCCAGCGCUGCCCCUUCACGCCCCUGCGUUUCCUCUCCAACCAAAACGUUCAUUGUUUUUUUCUU